AUGCCAGAUAACGGCAAAGACGUAAAGUCUGAAGCGCAAGACGACAAGGAAAAGCGCGACAAGACCGAGAACAAUGGUGGCCAUGCUCACUCGGCCAAGAGCCCCAAAAAACGCCGCAAGGUCAACCACGCUUGCGUCUACUGCCGGCGAUCUCAUAUGACAUGCGAUCUCGAACGACCAUGUACAAGAUGCAUCAAGCGCAAUAUUGGCCACCUCUGCCACGAUGAGCCCCGCGAUGCCGAUUCCAAAAAAGCCAAGAGCUCUCACGCGCCAUCCGCUGUCGACGAGUCCGAGACGACGCAAUCUGAGCUCACGAGAAGCUCCAUCGACCAAUCUGCGACCGGGUCCAUGGGCCCGCCGCCCCCUUUCGACCGCAAGGCGUCUGCUUUUGGCGCCGCUGUACUGGGCCAGGGGAACCCGCUGCACCUCGUGUCACCGGGGGCAGGCACCGGCAUGGCGGGAAACGGCAGCAAUGUGAACCAAUUCGCUGGAUUCUCCGAUGCCUGGUUGACGGCCCAGAACCACUACCACGACAUGCAAAGCUAUCACCCCAACAACUACUUGAUCGCCCCCGAAGUCACGCACGAGUUCAACCUGUUGAAUGACUUUCUGCAGACGAGCUUACUGGAUGACGGCGGCAUUGUCUCCGACGAGUCCCAAAACAGCCCCGCUUUCAGCAGGACCGCGGGCGCCAACGAUAUGCUGCCGACGUUUGGAAAUCAUAAUGGGAAUAACCGGGCCGGUGCUAGCAAUGGCAAUAAUGCGCUUUCGCAGAUGCUGCCUCCACAGAACCUGGAGCAGGGCAAGGCGAUAUCACGGCCAGGCAGCAUCGUUCAGGGCGACAAAGACAAGGCGCGUGAAUACUACCUCCAGGCGGCCGAUCCGUCAGGAAAUGACACCCCCGAGGAGCGCAUGGACCGUGUAUUAAAGGCCAAGUACGAGGCCGGUCUGCUGAAGCCUUUCAACUACGUCAAGGGCUACGCGCGACUAGGCACGUACCUGGAUGGCCACAUUGCUGCAUCAUCGAAGCAAAAGAUUCUGCGAACGAUUGAUCGAUUCCGACCCAAGUUCCGCGAAAAGGCGCAAGCUCUGACGGAUAUGGAACUGCUCUACGUGGAAAUGUGGUUCGAGAAACAGCUCAUGGAGUACGACCGUGUAUUUGCCAGUAUGGCGGUGCCAGCGUGUUGUUGGCGGAGAACUGGAGAGAUCUUCAGAGGCAAUAAUGAGAUGGCGGAACUUCUCCACGUGCCUGUGGAGAACCUACGCGAUGGCAAGAUCUCACUCCACGAGAUUCUGACGGAAGAGUCUCUCGUGCGAUACUGGGAAGAGUUUGGAACCAUCGCCUUCGAUCCCGCUCACGAUACGUUACUUACAGCCUGCACACUAAAGAACCCAGACGACAAGGCGACAGACCCGGUGGCCCUCUCGACGCGCCUUCCCUCCGCAAACGAUACCCUCUCCAUCGACGCCCUGCUCGUGGAGCUUAACCCCCAGCUCGAGACGAUUAUCCGUUUCUCUGGUAGUCCAAGAGCGAAACCCCAGAGGGCGGAACUUGACAGGAGGGGGACGGAGCUUUGGAAUCUGUGUACCCGACAACGUCGUGAAAAUGUAGACGGGACGGCGGCAGCACCGGCUGCGAGGAAGAAGCUUUUGUUGCGGAGUAGGACGUUUGCUUUCUUUAUGAUUAGCAUCGCGAGGGGUGUUCCGAGCGGUGCUGAGCCGCAGCUUGCGGAUGUGGUGCAUGUGAUGAAGUUGGCGCUCAAGGCGGGGAAGACGUGUCUUGAUGAAGCCGGUGCCAGCUCGAGUGCUCUGAAGCUCGCCGAGACUGUAUUCGAGAAGGGGGCGGGAUACAGCGCGACAUUAAGUCAGCUACAGGCCAAAAUGUUGGGACCGGAUGAUUUGAAAGAAUGUAAAAAGUUGGACGCUGAAUACUUCAUACUCCGAGCAGCCUGGAAAACGGAUAACUUUCCCGUCAUGGAGUUCAUGUACAGCAAGGGACACCUCCAGCCGAAUGCGCUCGAUCUUACUUCGGCCGAGAAAAUGACAGAGAUAUUAUUCGAGAUAGGCAAAGGCCUCUCCAAGAAGGAAGAUUUCGGCAUGGCGGUAAGGUGGCUCGAACGGGGGUACGACAUCAUCAACGCCCAGGACCUGUCGCUUCUCUCCCGCGACGCUAUCGAGCUGCGCCUCUCCGUCUGCCAAGCCCUGAUUCACGCGCUUCUGGGCCUCGGCACGCCAGAGUCCUCGGAAAAGGCACUUGACCUAGUCAGCUACAUCGAGUCCGAGAUUGGCGAGAAGCCCGUGGUCCUCCUCCUUCGCUUGGAGCUCUUACAGAAGGCGCCGGCCGAGAUAUUUGACAUUGAGGCCUAUGCUGAUAUUUUGAGGCGGAUGGUGCGUUCUUUUAACUUCUCCGAGGCGCACUUUAAGCUCUUGGUUCAUCACGCACGAAAGUUGCACGAUAAGAGCCCGACGUUGGCGACGAGCGUCGUGGAUGGGAUGCUUAGGGGCACUAUUGUCUCUUCUGGACGCGGAGAGUGGGUCGAGAGACUGGUAUUGUUGAGGAUAUGGAUGGAGACGACGCAGAGAGAUGGUAUGAGGGCCAUAGAAGAGCUGAUGGGGGUUCUGGUAGGCGUCCAAGAUAACCUGAGUAAGCCUUUCGGGGCUUCUACGGCAGUCGGAGCUUUGACUAUCGAAGUCAACUACAAUCAGGGACACUUCGACUUCGCAGAUGGCUGGUGCCAAAUAGCCCUGCAGCCGCUGUUCCAAAAUGGCGGACCUGCGAAUAUGUCGAGACUUGGCAGGUGUGUAUCUUCGCAGGAGUCUCAAGCUACGUACACUGACGACCGUAGAAAGCUCAUUCUCUGUGCCCUUGGAAGAAACAACGCCGAGAGGGCGCGACAAGUCUUUCAGGGCAUGUCCGAGACUGCGCAAAACGAACCGAUGACGAGGUACCUCAUGUACAAGGCUGCCCUCCGCUCAUCCGACCAAGAAUUGGCUGCUCAGUGUCUGGAAAGAGUAGCUCUCUCAGCACAAGAGGACCCUAAUUUUCUUUAUGCUUGCGUCCUCGAGGCGCAACAGGCUGGGGAUAAGGUCUGCGCGAUGCAGGCCAUGAAGCAGCUGGUGGAGAAGUUCGAGUUCAGCGAGACGUCUCCGAUUCAUUUGCCAGCGCUGUUGCGGUGUAAUAUCCGACUCGCUGUCUCGAUUGCUGAGAGCGAAAAGGGGACUAGGGAGCGGCAGAGUACAGUGGAGGAAGUGCUUGUGCUUUUUGAAGGAGCUGUCGAGGCAAUCCAGCGAGGCCUCAGAGACAAGGAUGGUAACCGGCUGUUCACCGUCAAGGAACUCGACUGGUUCUGCCAGAACGCGUAUAACCUCGGCCUCAAACACUCGGACAGCUGGGACGUAAAGCAUCUUAUCCGACUUUACAACAGCUGCCUCGCUAUCACGAAGCAUUAUCCAGAGGAUCUCCCUGCUGAAGCUGCGAGUGACCUCGCGUUCAGGACAAUGUUUUGCGACUUCAUCGCGGCCGCUGCUCUCGUAUCGCUCGCCCGGACGGAAGACAACGUCGAGCAGCAGCUCCAGCAUUAUCUCGUCAUGCGGAGGCAUGUCGUGGCGUACAAUGCAGCUCUGGAGAAGCAGAUGAGCGAUGGUCUGGAUACGAGGCUGAAGAGCGAUCUAACGGCCAAACUGGCAACUUUAAUGGUGUUUGAUUUUGAGGCUGCCAUGGCAUUGAAAAAGACUGAUGAGCUGGGAUUCAUCAUCCGUACGGCGGUGACGUGUCGGGACGUGAAUACGCUCAAGGCGAUGGGUGACAUUGCGCUGCGAGGCAAAUUGCCUGGACAAGCAAAGUACAUCCGGUGCAUGUUCCACGCCGUAUUACCACUCGAUGCGGCGCUGGGGCAGAGGCUGAUGAAGCAGGCCGUCGACGUGGCGAGGGAUUCUCGCAAGAGCCAGCAUCCGUUCCCGGCCGAAGAGCUUGAGUGGCUCGUGACUGUGGGCUUUAACCAGGCAGUGGACGCGUACAAUGUCCGACAAGACGACGAGUGCAAUACGUGGGCGGAUUUGGCGCUGAAUUUGGCGCAUUAUGCUGAUGACGGUGGAGAGUUGGAGAAGACGGUGCAGGAGAACCGGAUGAAGUUGAAGUUUGACUUACCCUGA